CAUGCUUCUAACAGCCAAUUACAGGCCAUCUUCCAAUCCAACCACUGACCACAACAAGUUAGUCAAAGCUCGUUUUGUCAGAUUGCACCUGUGGAUCAUCACACCACCUUUGUCAGCCACAAGUUAAACAUCUGCAAUCUGCCUUUGUCCCCGCAUGAUCCUUCGAUCCUCGACCACUCGCAUGGACACGGACUCUGACGCCUCUCUCUCGCCCUGGAUCAUCUGUCUGCCCCACGGACUGCCUUCCUGCCUUGUUCCUCCUCUCGCCCAACACAUCACGGUUGCACCUGACGUCACGCCUGGUUGCUGAUGCUUUGGAUGGAUGGAUGGAUGGAUGCUACAACACAAGUAAAGGAUGAAGGAUGCUGCGGAGCUCCUCGGACACAGAGAGGCGCUCAAGUGUCGGCUGGGCGGUGGAGUGCCGGACCAGGGCCAUCCGGGAGACAUGGCCCCCGGUUCUGAGUCCGUGGAGGGAACCACUCUCCUGCCCGGAGAAGACAUCACCACCGUGGGAUCCAACCCGGCAGGCUUGCCGGUGAACGGGAAAGAACCGGAGAAGCAGCAGCAGCAGCAGCAACAACCCCAGCAGAAUUCCGGUCAAACGUCCAGUCAGCAGAAACAGAAACGGCACCGAACCCGCUUCACACCGGCCCAGCUCAACGAACUGGAGCGGAGCUUCGCCAAGACGCAUUACCCGGACAUCUUCAUGCGGGAGGAACUGGCGCUCAGGAUCGGUCUCACGGAGUCCAGAGUCCAGGUGUGGUUCCAGAACCGUCGUGCAAAGUGGAAGAAGAGGAAGAAGACCACCAACGUGUUCCGCUCCCCGGGCACGCUGCUCCCCACGCCGGGCCUGCCGCAGUUCUCGGCGGCCGCCAUGGAGAACAGCCUGUGCUCGUUCCACGCCAACGACUCCCGCUGGGCCACCGGCAUGCCGGGCGUGUCGCAGCUGCAGCUGCCGCCCAACUUGGGCCGCCAGCCGUCCAUGGCGCAGUCGCUGUCGCAGUGCAGUCUGGGUCACGGGCCGCCCCCCAACUCCAUGGGUCUCUCCAACGGCCUCUCGUCCAACGGCGGCGGCCUGCAGUCGCACCUGUACCAGUCGCCUUUCCCCGGCAUGUCGGCGUCUCUCUCCGGCCCCACGAACGUAGCGGGCUCCCCGCAGCUGUGUAGCUCCCCGGACAGUGACAUGUGGAGAGGGACCAGCAUCGCCUCCCUGCGGCGCAAGGCGCUGGAGCACACAGUGUCCAUGAGCUUCACUUAGUGACUUGGAAAUAAAGAAAAACAACACUUUACUGUACAUUCACCCCCACUCCCACUCCCACGCCGAGGCUCCAUCGCCAUUUAGACAAACCUGUGUGGAGGCUGUAAGGUGAUAAAAAGGAACCACACUAAUGGACGCUGGAGACUUAAUUCAUUUAAAAUAAUAAAAAAAAAAAGAAAAAAAAGUGGAUUUGCAAAUAAAUCCCAUUGUAAUGAUCUCCAAAAAGACUGUGGACCUUUAAUUAAAGAGGGCCAACAAUUGUCGUUUUUAUUGAGUGCCUCUUGCAGCACUCACGUUGUUGUGUUCAGGUGAACUUGUGUUAUGUCAAACGGUUAUUUAUUAAAUAUACAUUGCUUUUCUUUUUUUUUUCUUUUUUUUUUUUUUUUAGUAACAGCCUGUGCGUGAACCGCGUGGAGCUGCAGGCAUGCACCGUGCAUGGGGAUUUUACAUGACUGCAGGUGCCCACACACACACACACACACACGCGCACACACACAAACACACACACGCUUGCACACACACACACACACACACACUAUACAGUGAUCUUUCAGUCUAUAGGUCUAAACUCUGUUUUAGGGUGUUUUUGUGUAGAUAAAAAAACAAAAAAAAAACAUUGUGUGACAUGUUUUAACUUAUUGUAUGUGCUAUAUUACUUGACACAUUUCUUAAAUGUUUGAUCUUACAUCGAAAAUGCAUUGACAGGUUUGUACCAAAUGAAAAACGAGCAACAAAUAAAAGUACUUUUAAAUCAUUACCUCAAUUCCACGUGAUUUUAUCAUUGCUAUUUUUGGUUUUGUGUUGACAUUUUUGUCAUCCUGGUAAAUAAAUUGUGUUUAAACCUGGUAUUUGUGCAACCACAAUAGAAUAGAAUAUAAUAGAAAGUACUUUAUUGAUCUCUUGGGGAAAUUCAGCACCACAGUUCGCUCACAAUAGACAAUAUUAAUAAUAAAUAAUAUAAUAUAUAUAAUAUAUUAUAUAUAUAAUAUAUAAAUAAUAUAAAUAUAUUCUACAUAUACUCUACAUUUAAGUGCAGUCAAGGAACAUAUGCAUUAU